CUCGCUUAACAUAUCUCCGAUGAUUUUCAGCGUUAUUUGCAACGAUAUUUACAAAUAAUCCUUACGGGAAGUCAUCCAAUGCUAGUACACGGCUCGUUACCCAACGGCGAAAAGCUCUCCAUCGCGACCCGACUCCAGGAAAAGUGUUACCAAAACGUUUCUAAAGUAAUGGCAUCACUGCUGGCAUCACUGACCGCACGACACAGAUAUAACUAGCGUACAAGCACCCUUACAGUUUGCAUCUUCCACCCAUCGGCUCAGUAUGUCGCUUUCACGCAAUAUCAACCCAGAAGAGAUUAUCCAAAAAUCCAGAGAUCAUCCCAAAUCUCAACAUUACAUCGGCCAACAACAUGAAAAUCGAGCUUCACAUCAAUCCUGGAGUCGCGAUGAGGACGCUCGGGAUCUACCAAAAUACACCAUCCCUCAAGUGGGUAUCCCAUCCCGAUCAGCAUACCAGCUUCUUCACGACGAAACUGCGUUGGAUGGAAACCCCCUUUUGAACCUUGCGUCGUAAGUCUGUUGGGUGUUUUGAACUGUCCUUAAUCACUUUCUUCUUAGCUUCGUUCAUACCUGGAUGCCGGAGGAAGCAAACAAAUUGAUCAUGGAAAAUAUCAACAAAAAUCAAGUAGAUCUCGACGAAUACCCAGCAGCGACCAACAUUCAUAAUCGUUGUGUAUCUAUGAUUGCUGACCUUUGGAAAGCUCCCUCCUCCGAGAAAGUCAUAGGCACCUCUACAUCUGGCUCAUCAGAAGCCAUCAUGUUAGGUGGCCUCGCCAUGAAGAAACGUUGGCAAGAAUCUCGAAAAGCAGCCGGAAAGGAUCAUUAUCACCCGAACAUUGUCUUUGGUUCGAACGCACAAUGUGCACUCGAGAAGUUUGCUAGAUACUUCGACGUCGAGUGUCGCCUUGUCCCAGUAAAAGCUUCUAAUAAUUAUAUAAUGGAUCCGAAGGAUGCGAUUCAAUACAUCGACGAAAACACUAUUGGCGUCAUCGUUAUUCUCGGAAGCACUUACACCGGUCACUUCGAGGAUGUUAAAGGGAUGAGCGAUCUUCUCGACCAACUCCAAAAAGACACCGGCCUUGACGUCCCCAUUCAUGUCGAUGGUGCAUCGGGAGCUUUCGUAGCGCCAUUCGCAUAUCCAUCUCUCAAGUGGGGAUUCGAUGUCCCUCGUGUCGUGUCCAUCAACACUUCCGGACACAAAUUCGGACUCGUCUAUGCUGGACUCGGAUGGAUUCUCUGGCGAGAUGAGCAAUACCUCCACAAGGACCUCAUCUUUGAACUGCACUAUCUCGGAAGUGUCGAGUUUUCUUUCACUCUGAACUUCUCCAAACCCGCGUCCCCGAUCAUCGCUCAAAUGUACAAUUUCCUCAAUCUGGGAUUCGAGGGAUACAAACGUAUCGCUGUUAAAGAUCUUCGUAACGCUAGGUUAUUGUCUAGAGCAUUGGAGAACACGUUUUUCAAGGUUUUGAGCAACAUUCAUAAACCGAUUGGUGGGAAAGAACCAGAGGACGUCGACGAUCCUGAAUCAUAUGAACCUGGACUUCCUGUCGUCUCUUUCAAGUUGUCAGAUGAUUUCGUUACUCAGAAUCCUGGUGUGAAACAAGUGUGGAUUCAGAGCCUGUUACGCACAAAGGGCUGGAUCGUGCCGAAUUACAAUGGCCCUAAAGGAGAGGAAGAUACGGAAAUUCUGCGCGUCGUCGUCCGAGAAACUUUAAGCGCAAAUCUCAUCGAGAAACUCAUAGCCGACAUUAUUCAAACCACCGAAUCCCUCAUCGGCGACGAUGGGAAGAUGCUUCAAGCUGUAAUUACGGCUCGUCACCAGCCUGAUAGAGAGCACGGCAGACCUGACAAGGAGAACUUCGGUGGCGAUAACAAAGCAUCUCCGCAAGAAGGAUUCUCGAGACAAUGCUGAAAUUUGUGAGAUAAAAGUAACGAGAAACGACUUCAACUGUCAAAGUCAUCUCAAAAUCAUAUAUGAUUUCUCUCUCUACUCUAUCGAAAAACGUUGCUGUAACAUUAUCAUGUUAGAUCGUUAAAUCCGAAUGAACAACGAAAAGAGACUCACUCGGAGUUUCCUCC